AGGUCGCAAUUUGUCCGUGGAAACUGAUACUGAACGGUUGAAAGUAUGGUGACAGGGGAGGAUUUAGCUAUAGCCGAUCUUAGGAGAUCAUGGGAAUCGAACCAUCAGAACAUCAAAACGUUUUUAGAUUACCUGAUCGGCUAUCAAGAAUGUCCGGGAGAAUGUGGGAGACCGGAGUUGGAGAUGACUGGACGAGGGAGGGCAACGGUCUCGUGGGGAGCCCCAUCUGCAGUCGGAACGUCCGCCAUCGUUGCGUACCGCCUUGAAGUCGCGUAUGAAGACAAGCCUUCAAAAUGGAUAAAGCUCGGUUUGUCUCCGAAUUGCCAUAUGGACGUAUGUGGCCUCGAGGACGGUGGACUCUGGUUGAGGGUGAGCGCGAGCAAUAUCCACGGCUACGGCCCGCCGAGACAAAGUCCUAUGUACUACAUCCGGCCAGAUCCUAGCCCACCGAUUUGUGUGACGAAUCUUGAAUGCAGGCCGUACGGUAACCAUCUCGUCCUUGCAUGCCAGAUUACAGGAUAUCCGAUUCCUGAUGCUAGAUGGUCCAGGGGGCAAGAAGACAUCGAAGAUGUAGGACGCAUCAUGGUGGAAAGGGACGACGACAUUUAUCGUCUUACGAUAUGCGAUGCGACAAAAGACGACAAUGGACUGUACUGUUUGGAAGCGGUCAACAGUGAAGGAAGGGCUACUUGUUACUGUUUUGUCAGCGUGGAAACGAAACCAGACCUCACUGGGAUUGACGAUUCUAUUUAUAGGAGACCAGUAGAUGUAGAAAAAGCUCCUGAGUUUACACUGCCCCUCAGAGAUAGAGUAGUGGAUGUGUUUUCAACUGUCAUGCUGAGUUGCUAUGUCACCGGCAACCCUAAGCCUUCCGUAACAUGGAAAAAUAACAAUGACACACUUCUUUCAACAUCAGGAAAUGUCACGAUACUAAGUGAUGGCCAUUAUCAUAGUAUUGAGAUAGAAAAAGUAAAACCUGAAGACUGCGGAGAAUACAGCUGCAUUGCAGAAAACAGUCAAGGCUAUGUAUCAACGUCUUGCUGUUUGAACAUAGAGGGGCCGAUCGAACCGCCGGAGUUUCUGCACAAACUGGAAGAGACAAAGGAAGUAUCGGAAGGCAGCACGAUGAGGCUAUCAGCGAUGGUUUUGAUUUCACCACUACGACCAACAAUUACAUGGAGCCGAGACGGUGUUGAACUGAGGCCUAGGAAAGAGAGAGUGAUGACUUAUUCGGCAGAUGGUACAGUUGAGCUUUGCAUUGCUUAUUUGAUGGUAUCGGACACCGCUGUUUACACAUGUACAGCAACAACCCCUGCGGGAUCUGCGACCACUUCUUGUACAGUACAUGUAAUCAGGCGACCCGCUUCUCCAUCAAAGGAGAAAUACUCUUGCAUACCGUAUUCCAAAAAGCCUUUAUUCGUAAUGAAGCCAUGCUGUACAGAUGUAGUCGAAGGAGACACAGUAAAGUUCAGAGUUCAAGUUGUCGGCGACCCCAAUCCUCGUGUCAUAUGGUACAGAGAUAACCUCAAGGUGGAAUACUUUCGUGAGAAAGACCAGUUUCUGAUCGGAAACGACGGAUCGGAUCACUGGUUGGAGGUCAGACGGUGUAAACUUUAUUUUUCCGGUCAUUACUUGGCACAGGCGACGAAUUCACAUGGCUACGCUAACGCUCGAUUCUCGUUGCAAGUGUUUGCUCAAGAUGAAGGGCGGCAUCUGCUAAGGACGGUUGACACAAAAUUAGCAAAGGUACACAGUCUCCCGUUGAUAACGAGGCCACUCGGUGACAUCGAAUGCAGUAGUGGAUCUUCCGUUACCCUGGAAUGUCGGAUUAAAGGGGACCCGCAGCCAGACGUCAUUUGGACGAAAGAAGGCAAGGUAUUUAGACAAGGUGAAAGAUACACUGAGGGAGAAUCAUCAGGCCUCGUAUUGACAGGGAUUAAUCCACAUCACCAAGGAUUGUACAAGUGUGAAGCAUAUAAUCCCUUAGGAAGAGCAUCGACAUCAGCAUAUUUAACAGUCCAAGAUAACCAAGACCAAGACCAGCACAUGAAUCACGUCUCUCCUUGCGUAACGCGAGAGGCGACGAACCCUGAAGUACUAGGCCUACGUGGGAAACGAGGCUCGGAGGCGAGGUUUUUGACAGUGCCACAUGACAGGGUAGUUCUGGCUGGAGACCCAGUUCGUCUCAUCUGCUCCGGGGCCGGGUACCCUCUGCCGUCUGCUACUUGGUACAAAGACUCUGAGAAGAUAAAUUCGCCCCGGCUGAAAAUCACUGAAUCCGGAGACCUAUUCUCACUGGAAAUCGAAGAAACGAGAUUAGAAGACGCCGGAAGGUACUCCGUCACACUGGAGAACAAAAAAGGAAGAGUAGAGGCUAGCGCCACCAUUCAAGUUAUAAGUCAUCGUAGAGAAAGCAUCAAGAUGGUGAGUAAAGAUCAGUUCAGUAGGCGGUACAAAGACAAAAGAGACAACGGGCGAGAAAGAGAUGCUCAGCACAAUGACCAGCACACACCGAUUCAAGAGUGCACGGCCUCAGAAGGAUCAACAUUCACUCUGUCCUGCCAUAUAGGCUCGCCAUCUUCAGCAAUGUGGUACAAAGAUGGAGAGCCGAUAAAGGAAGAAGGGGACAGAGAAAUAAGUUGGGAAGAGGACGGCCUUUCGUGUCUUAGGCUCGGCCCUCUGGUACCGUCCGACACGGGUCUUUACUCGUGUUGUUUGUCUCAAGAUUGGGGCUUAGCGCAGGGCUUGGUGCGCUUAAGCGUCACUCCUCUCGCCCAUCAAGAAAUAAGACCUCCAAUUUUUACAAAAGGCCUUCCUCCAGAAAUUAACGCUCAAGAGGGACAGUCCGUGUCAAUCUCUGCAACUAUAUCAGGUGAAGAGCCGCUGAAAAUCGUUUGGUCCAAAGGAGAAUCUGAAGAAAUUCCUAACUGUGAAGACAUGUCCCACGUUCAGUUAGGAAAUGGAGAAAUAGCUCUUAGAAUAGUUGAUCCGUUCGUCGAGGACUCUGGUUUAUAUACAUGUACCGUUUACAAUAAACAUGGAAUGGCACAAUCUCACACUAGGCUUGUAGUUAAAGAAGAAAGCGCAAACCAAGGGUCAGAAGUGCCCGCGAGAAUCUUAAGACCUCCGAACGACUGUAUAGCCCUCAGAGGGAACAAAGCUGAACUCAGUGCACGAUUCGCAGGGAAACCUGAACCCACCCUCAUGUGGUCAAAGGGGGUAAGGAAAGGAAAUUUGGGUGUCGAGUUGUCAAACGGAAAAAGGUUGACGAUACACACCGACAACGACAUUGGGGAAACCAAGCUAAUUAUAGAUCCAGUGGAAGCCGACGACAGUGGAAAGUACGUCCUUACUGUAUAUAAUCACCUGGCCACUGUUUACCACUUUGCAUCAUUGUCAGUUGAAGGAGUGCCCGAUCCUCCUGCCAAUAGACCAGUUGCAGAAUUGAAUUCGCCUGGUAUUUCUGUCACUUGGUCAAGUCCUCAUUACGACGGAGGAUCUAUGAUUACUGGUUAUAGUUUAGAAGUGUCCGGCGAAGAUAACAUUUGGUCCACCGUCGCAGAAAAAUGUCACAGCUUGUCACAUACAGUUUACAACCUUGAAAAAAAUAAAGCCUUUAAAUUUCGGGUGAGAUCUCACAAUAUCCACGGGCCGAGUGAGCCAAGCUUAGAAUCUCAAGCAGUUUCUUUAAUUGAUAUAAAAAAACCUGACUUUUGGAAGGCAGUUCAAUUUGAAGACGGAUCUUCAUUCCUUGAAAAGUACUGUAGGCUUGAAGAACUCGGAAAAGGAAGGUAUGGAACUGUACAUAGAAUCAAGGAACACAAUCGAGGGCUAGAAUAUGCUGCAAAGACGGUCAGGUGUAUCAAAAAAGAAGAUAGGGACAAAGCAGCCCAAGAAGUGGAUAUAAUGAACUGUCUUCGCCAUCCCAAACUCUUGCAGCUCAUCGCUGCUUACAGCAAUCCAAGGGAGAUAAUAUUAGUUCUUGAAUAUAUUUCAGGUGGAGAGUUGUUUGAAAGAGUGGUUGCCGAUGAUUUUACAUUGACGGAAAAAGACUGUAUAUUGUUUAUGAGACAAAUAUGUGAAGGAGUUAAAUAUAUGCACUCUCGAUCAAUUGUUCAUCUAGACCUUAAGCCGGAAAACAUAAUGUGCACGACGAGAGACUCCCACGAUAUAAAACUAAUCGACUUUGGCUUGGCACAAAAGUUAAGUGGUGAUAUACCAGUGAGAGUUCUUUUUGGUACGCCAGAAUUUAUAGCUCCAGAGAUAAUAAGUUACGAGCCCAUAGGGGUACAGACUGACAUGUGGUCAGUCGGUGUGAUUUGCUAUGUACUGUUGUCAGGACUCUCCCCAUUUAUGGGUGAAAAUGAUGCGGAGACAUUUGCAAAUAUAACAAGAGCAGACUUUGAUUUUGAAGAUGAAGCUUUUGAUUCUAUUUCCCAAACUGCCAAAGAAUUUAUAACAGAGCUUCUUAUUAAAAGAAAAGAAAAAAGGUUAACUGCUGAGGAAUGUCUCGCUCACAAAUGGAUGACCCAGGAAUAUACAGAAAUGAGUCAGAUAAAGUUGAGUACAGACAAACUCAAGAAAUUUAUAAUUCGGAGGAAGUGGCAGAAAACAGGUAACGCCAUAAGAGCAUUAGGUAGGAUGGCCAACUUGUCCGCCGCUUCAAGACGAGGAUCUCAAGUAGCAAUGACCAAAGCAGGAAGUGACAGCAACAAAAAGGGACAACAAUGUUCAGAAAGGAGUGACUCAGGGUUUAGUGACUGUUCGACAGCAGGCUCUCUCUCAACCCCUCCGCGGCAUUUGCUGCAAAAGUACUUAAUUUCUGAAGAAAUUAAAGAUAAUAAUAAAUCAUUGAAACAAAAAAAAGAGGAUGGGGCCAAGGCAAAGAAUGGCAUUGAAGGGUUAAAAAAAAGUGAAUCAGCAAAGAAACCUUUACACACCACAUCAAUGAAUGAGAAUGUACAGAAAGCAUUUGCAUUUUGGAAUAGAUAAAAGAAAAUUGAAGCACCCAAUAAACCAGAUUUAUAGAUUUGAACAUUAUGCCAAAGUAAAUAUUUCUAAGUUUUAUCUACGUUAUAAGGAUUAGCUCAUUUUUAAACAAAUAAAAAUUUAGUACAACAAACUAAGUUUUAAAAAUGUAGCAAUGUUAUUUUCAAUGUAAUAUUUAAACAUAUUUUAGUUCAGUAAAAAGUGAGAUAAUGCUUGGCAUAUAAAAUAAUUAUGUAUAAAUGU